AUGAAAGUCAGUGCAACGUUGGCAUUGUUUGUGAUCGUGGGUCUUGUGGCCUGUAGCCAUGCCUUGCCGGCCAGAAAAAGAAUGGUCUACUACCAGCAGCCCGCAGCUGCCGCUGAGUGGUAUGGAUCGGCCCCACAGCAACGGAUCAUGUACAUGCAAUAUGUUCAGCCUGGACGCACCCAUGCCCGCUCGACUCAGGCGGCUAGCGCACUCGUCGCUGGCGAGACUGUGGCCACUGGAACAUAUUUGAAGGAUUGCAAUCACGAAGAAUCCGAUGCGGCCGCCGAGAGCCAACAGGCCGAGGACAUUUUGAGUGCUGCCGGUGCCCAUGGAGCCAGCUCCCUGGCCGAGGCCUAUCCCGACGAGGCGCCUGUUGUCCAAGUGGCUGUCGAGGAUGCCAGCAGUAGUGGAGAGACCGAAGCUGCUGUCGUAGUCAGUGACGAUGCCGCUAAGGUGCCCCGCGACUUCAACUUUGCUGCCGAACAGCCCGCACCACCCGCUGCCGAAGUACCUGCCGUUCCAGUUGCCGAAGAGGAAGUCGUGCCAGCACCUGCCAUUGAACAAGUGCCUGUGUCUUCUGCUGAAGCUGAACUGCCUGCCCCGGCCCCCAUUGCACCUGUUGCCGCUGUUGUGCCCGCCAAUCGUUAUUUGCCCGCCAAGAAGAAGGUCUAUGUAGAGCUGGAUCAGUCACCCGAGGAGGAUGAGGAGCCAGAGCUGAGCAUUGCUGAGGAUGAGGAGACCGAAAAUGCCGUGUCCGAUGAUGUCGAGGAGGAUGAAGAGGUCCUUGCCGUACCCGUUAAGCCAGUGGUGCCUGCCAAGAAUCCCGCUCGUGUGCCCAAUGCUCGUCGUCCAGUGGCCAGAAAGCCCGUCAAAGCAGCCGCCGCAGGUGGCCGGCCAACCAAGAAGCCAGCUCCCCUGCCUGUCGGCACCUUCUUCCCCAUCGACUUCGGCGGCACCGCCGGUGGUGCCAUUGCCAUCGCCAACUCUUUCAGCACUGGUGAGGGCGGCGCGGCCACCAGUCAUGCCAUCGCCUAUGGCUCUCCCGAAUCUGUACGUGCCCGAAUUCGCCCCAACCCUAGCAAGUUCCGCCACUAAGCGGUCACAUGACUAAUGCUCAU